AUGUCCCUCAAUCCAUAUGAUGCCAGCUUCACCAGCACAUCAGCAUCUAAUUACAAUUUCACUCUACCUGCCCACUCCUUGUCAUCCAGUGAACAUACACUGGCAUCCACUAUGGGAGACACAAGCGCUGGCCUUACCUUUGACAAUCAAAUACCCGCUGGCUUUACCACUGACACCACCAUGUCUUUGGAUCCCUAUGAUGCCAGUGUACCCAGCACCCUGGCAUUUAACUUCGAUUUCAUUUUACCUGCCCACUCCUUAUCAUCUGGCGCAACCACCCCAGCAUCCACUAUGGGAGACUCAUUGCCUGAUCUUACCUUAUCAUCCAGUCCAAUGCCAUCAUCUAGUCCAAUUCCAGAAACUCCCAUUACCUCAUGGAGGAAACAGAUGUACAGUACAUCCACAUCUGCCCUCAUAACGCCCCCUCGCCUUUGCUUCCGCAAUACAUCUGCUAUUGUCACCCCAUUACCGUCUUUUGCUCCCUUUCCAGUAUCAAUGGAAAAGUAUAACUUCAGUUCCUCUACAUACCCACCUGAUCCUCCAGUGGUUCCAGCUGCUGGAACAGCUCAGGUUUUGGUGCCACCAGUAGUAUCCUCUGCUAGUGGUUCUGGCUGUGCCAGGGACUUGGAUUAUGCUCUUACACCCUCCACUGUUGAGGUCACCCAGGUUUCAGAACAGCUGGUGCUCCUCCAUUCUGAUGUUGGUAGUGCAUCGGGCUCUGCUGUACAAGCCGAUGACAUAGUUGUUCCUGCUGUUAGGAAGACAAAGCACAUUGAAGGUUCAACAACUCUGCUAGGCUGCAGAGCUAAAGAAAGAAAGAUGGCCUCUAUCUCUGGGGUGAGAGGAAGGCUACUGACUCUCUAG